AUGCAUAUCAUAAGUAUAGACUUGGUAAUUUCUUCAGAGAGUAGAGAGACUGAUAAGGAUAUUGAGCUCCUAUUCAACAAAGUCAGCCGUAAACCCAAGAGGACACUGAAGAAGGAACAAGAUCCUGGAAAGUUCCUGAUUCCAUGUUCUAUACAUAGCCACCAUUUACCAAACGCCCUAUGCGAUACUGCAUCUGCAGUCAACAUCAUGGCCAUAGACACUGCUGGGCUAUUAGGACUAAAGAUGGAACCUUCUAAAGAUAGUUUCACAUUCGUGGAUAGCUCCCGAGUAAACUCAGCAGGCAUGAUCAAGAAAGUUAAGGUGGAGAUAGGGGAAUGCAUUAUCCUUGUGAACUUUCAUGCUAUGGAUAUCAAAUCAGGCAAGACAUCUCCACUUCUUUUUGGAAGAGCCUUCAUGGCUACAGUAGGGGUAGUUUGUGAUCUUAAGAGAAAUAAGAUGUGUCUGACUAAUGUUGAUGAAACCAUCUUCUAUGAUCCCAUGGAAAAGAAGAAAAGUGAGGAGCUUAUUUCAUGCAUAGAUAUGUUUGAAGAUCCAGGACCUACAACUGAUUCAAAUUGCGAGCCUACAAUACCAGAAUCAGCGUCAGUCGACUUUAGAACUUUAGCAUCGGUUGACUUCCAAUCCUCAGAAUCGAUCGACAAUAAGCCUUCAGAAUCUGACGACUCUCAGUCUUCAGAAUCGAUCGACACGAAGCCUUCAGCAUCGGUCGAUGCCUCCAAGUUUCAGAACAACCCGAGACUGAGAAGUCUAAACGGUAGUCUUGAGUAUAGAGUGCGCUGCAGAGGAGGUUCUGAAUCCUUUACCAAGGCCAGAGUGCUAUGUGAUCCAGAACUGAAAGAGAAAGGGGAAGCUUUUGCAAGAGCUUUUAUCAACUGCAUUAACAAGAUGAGAAAGAGAGACACUGAGACUUGUUCUGGAGCAAGUUCUCAUGCUCAUCCAGACUAA